GGAAUUGGCCCUGUGCUCUGGGAGCCUAUUGGCCGGCGGCUUCCGAUUCGCCGGCGAGAUUGGCCGAAGCUCCGCCUCCUGGUCAGGCGCGGCCACGCCCCCGCCGGGAGUCGGUGGCUGAACCCCGGAGAGCGCGCGGAAGGUCAUUAUGAAGAAGCCACGAGCUACUGCUGUCAGAAGUCGAGCUGCUACUGUCAGAAGUUGCUGUAGGAAGCAGUUGUCAAAUAAGAAAGGAAGGGAGAAAUGUGCAUCCGGCAGCAGUCAGACCAAACCUUCUCCCUGUGGUGCAGACUUCACCAGGCAACAACAGCAAGAGAAGGAGUUGGUAUUGCCAUCCUCUGUCUCCUCAUACCAUCUAUUCAGAGACCAAGCUGAGGUCAUAGUCUUCCGGGAGAGCUUGCUGACCUGGUAUGAUCGAGAAAAAAGGGACCUGCCAUGGAGAAGACGGGCAGAGAGUGAGGUGGACCUGGAUAGGCGGGCAUAUGCUGUGUGGGUUUCAGAGGUCAUGUUGCAGCAGACUCAAGUUGCCUCUGUGAUUGACUAUUACACUCGAUGGAUGGAGAAAUGGCCAACACUGCAGGAUCUGGCCAGUGCUUCCUUGGAGGAGGUGAACCAGCUCUGGGCUGGCCUUGGCUACUACUCCCGAGGUCGACGGCUCCAGGAGGGAGCCCGGAAGGUAGUAGAGGAGCUAGGGGGGCACAUGCCACGUACAGCAGAGACCCUGCAGCGACUUUUGCCUGGUGUGGGGAAGUACACAGCUGGAGCCAUUGCUUCCAUAGCCUUUGGCCAGGCAAGUGGUGUGGUGGAUGGAAAUGUAGUACGAGUGCUAUGCCGUGUCCGAGCCAUUGGUGCUGACCCCAGCAGUACCCUUGUCUCCCAACAGCUCUGGAGCCUAGCCCAGCAACUGGUGGACCCAGCCCGGCCAGGGGACUUCAACCAGGCAGCCAUGGAGCUGGGAGCCACAGUGUGCACCCCACAACGCCCGCUUUGCAGCCAGUGUCCUGUGGCGAGCUUGUGCCGUGCAUACCAGAGGGUGAAACAAAAGCAACUCUCAGCUUCACGGCAUUUGCUGGGCUGUCCUGAUGUGGAGGAUUGUGCUCCCGAUGCUGGACAGUGCCAGCUGUGUGCACCUCCCACGGAGCCCUGGGACCAGACUUUGGGAGUCACCAACUUCCCCAGAAAAACAAUUCGGAGGCCCCCCAGGGAGGAGUUUUCUGCCACUUGUGUUCUGGAGCAGCGCAGGGCCCCUGGCGGUGCCCGAAUUCUGCUGGUGCAGAGACCCAACUCAGGUCUGCUGGCAGGACUGUGGGAGUUCCCAUCUGUGACCAUGGAGCCCUCAGAGAAGCAUCAGCUGGAAGCCCUGUUACAGGAAUUGCAGACUUGGGCUGGGCCCCUCCCAGCCACCCACCUCAAGCACCUUGGCCAGGUGAUCCAUACCUUCUCUCACAUUAAGCUGACAUAUCAAGUAUAUGGUUUAACCCUGGAAGGGCAGACCUCUGUGACCAUCACACCACCUGGAGCUCGCUGGCUAACUCGGGAGGAGUUCCACACUGCAGCUGUCUCCACAGCCAUGAAAAAGGUGUUCCGUGUGUAUGAGGGUCAACAACCAGGGCCCUGCAAGGGUUCCAAAAGACCCCAGCUGUCUACCCCAUCUAGCCAGAAAAAGCCCAGCCGAGGCCAGCAAGUCCUGGAUAGCUUCUUUCAUCCUAACAUCCUGACUGAUGGACCCAACCUCAAUAGUGAUGCCCAGUGACACUCUGGGAACCACCACUUCCUCAGAAUUACAUUUUAAAAUAAAGUAUCUAUUUUUGUAGUCAUU